GUGUGGAAAAGCGACAGGAGGUAUGAGGAAUACUCCGCGGCUAACGAUAGCAACGUGCACAAAUAGGGAUUUAUUUCACUUUUGGUCUUCUCUGACACUCUGGAGGUCUACCAAAAGCUGCAAGAGGACAUAAUUUCGGCUAAAGCCCUCGGUUAUUCUGUUACACUCCAACCGAGGCGAGCAGCGAGAACGAGAGACCCCCGCUAAUCCCGAGAAGAGGGGAAGCGGCCUGCUUUUGUAGCCGGCUUCCCGGUGCAGCUCAGACGGCGAGCACUGUCACCAGAGCCCGGUGCUUCCGCUGGUUUAUUUUUCUUUACACCGACAAAAGCGCCGUUGGGUGGAAAUUAUUUUUGUUUUAAUAACCACAACGUCUCCAUCACCCAUUUCCCUUCAUAUCGACGUGCUGCUGUCGGUAUUAGUCGCCCAGGAGGAGCGUUUGAAGCCGGGGCGGCCUGUUUUGUUUUCGAGCCGCCUUGAAUCUCCGCGAACAAUAACACAACCAUAACGAGCCUGCUGGGGCUGCACUGCCGAGCCAAAUAGGAGAUACGGCAGCCUCGGUGUGAGAUAAUAAAUGCAUUGUGUGACACUAGCGCUGGACGGACGUGAAGACCCGGGACGAGCAUGCAUGUGGACUAUGGAAUUAUCGAAGGGAAACCACUGCAAACCGGAGCACUUUGUCACGAAAGCCCCUGUUUGAAUUUCGGAGCUGCUGCUGCUAGCUAACCAGCUGUAAGUAACGUUAAAAGGCCACUGACGGAGGAAAGAGCGCCACACGAUGCUUUGUCUAAUCAUAACUCACGGAUUGUAUGGAUUCACACAGAACCGACUUGGGUGAAUAUAUAUGCAUGCACGGCCUGCUUGCCAAUGCACUUGUAAUCUUCCCGAUCAAACGCAGCAGUGCAUUCAGAGCUGGGACAUCACAUUGAGGAUGGAUUGGAUGUGACUUGGGAUGAGUAACCUCGAUUGCUCCCUGCGCAGACUGCUAUAUAUGUGGGAUUUACCGACGGGGAACUGAAGCAGUUGUAUCCACAUAUGCUCUCCUCAAAGCCACCAGACUCCGUUGAAAAAAACAGUGAUUUUACCGGACAGAACCCAGGAGUUGCUGGUCUACCGCCGCCGCCAUCGUUUAGUUUGUAUGUGUUUUUGUGUGACUUUGGUGUUUUAACGUAUUAAUACAUCUUAACGGACCGCACCGGACGGGAGCCCCGGGACAGGCAGCUGAGAUGAACCCGGUGAAUGCGACCUCUCUCUACGUGUCCGCGAGCCGUUCGGUGCUGCAGUGCGACCCCCGAGACCCCCGGGCCCUUGCGGAGCUCUGCAAGCUGCUACCGUUUUUCCGUCAGUCCCUGUCCUGCUUGGUUUGCGGUAACUUGCUGCAGGACCCCAUCGCCCCCACCGACUCAUCAUGUCAGCAUUAUGUCUGUCGAGGCUGUAAGGGUCAGAGGAUGCAGCUGAAGCCAUCCUGUAGUUGGUGUAAGGACUAUUCCCGCUUUGAGGAAAACAGGCAGCUCUCCUUGCUUGUCCACUGUUACAGGAAGCUCUGCCUCUACAUUACCCAGUCGCCGCUCGCUCCACACAUAGCCAGCGCAGCGAGCGACUCACCAGACCUCCAGGCCAUCCUCAACGAGGGCCUCACUCUGGCUGAGAGCGAGCCAGAGGCGGAGGACAUUUCAGAUUCAGUCAGCCUGUCGCAGACGGCCUCCUCCUCCGAUGUGGUCCAGCCUGAUGAAGCUCCACUAACAAAGGAUCUCAAGGUGGAGGAACCAAGCCCUGUCAGCGUAAACGGGCUGCACGAUUGUAACGGCCUGGUCAGUUCGGACACACUGCAACCCAUCACCAUAGAAACAAGUGGAGGUGUUGCAAAGCAGGAGAGCUUCUCAGAGGAGAUCCCAGUGUGUGUGAGCGUCACAGGGACUGGGGAGGCAGGACUUUGUGACAUCAGCACUUUUGGGGAUGACCUGAAACAUGGCGGGGGGUCGUUGUUGUUGAGUGUUGAGGAAGUGCUCAGGACUCUGGAGACAGACACUGACCCUGACCCCAACCCCCAGCCAGACUGCCCCCCCUCUGUACCUCAGUCCAGCCUCAACGGGCCUCACUGCCCUGGCCCUGACUCCUCCCGCCUCAUCCCCUCCCUCCCACGAGGGAACAGCCCUCGCCCACUCCAACCUCACCCGCAGCCUUCACUGCAACCUCCCCCUCAGCCUUCCACUGUCAUCCCCUGUGUCCCCCCUCGGUACCACCGCAAACGCUCCCGCUCAGAAAGCGACAGUGAAAAGGUGCAGCCCCUUCCCAUCUCUAGCCUCUUGCGAGGUCCUCCCCUCGGUGCCAACAGCUCCCCCUAUCACCCUAACCCCGGUGCUACCACCAAACAGGAGCCCAAGUUCCCACAAGCCACGCCCCACCCACACCUGGCCCCAGUGCCUAACGGUGGUCCCCCCAAGGUGGGCAAGACUGUGCUCGUCCCCAACAAGGCGUUGAAAAAGCCAGUGGAGCACCAUGGGGGCCCCAAAAAGGCUUACACCAAGGCCAGGCAGGGGGCCCCCAAGCCCCGUGCACAACCCCGUGACAGAGUACCCCCACACCCCCAUGCUCACCCCCUGACACACCCACCCAGCCCCUCGAAGCCACUGUAUAAGAAGCCUGUGGAGAAGAAGGGCUGCAAGUGCGGCCGAGCCACACAGAACCCCUCGGUGUUGACCUGUAGGGGGCAGCGCUGCCCUUGCUACUCCAACCGCAAGGCGUGUUUGGACUGUAUCUGCCGUGGCUGCCAGAACUCCUACAUGGCCAAUGGAGAGAAGAAGCUGGAGGCCUUCGCUGUGCCAGAGAAAGCUCUGGAACAGACUCGUCUUACGCUGGGCAUCAACCUCACCAGUAUCACCGCAGCAGCCCUCCGUAGCCCGGCCACCAGCUCACCCGGCAACACCCUUCUCAACGUCACCACGGCUACAGGGGCACCUGUCACGGCCACCUUCCUAUCGGGGGCCGGGCACGACAACAGGGGCUUUGACGAUUCACUGGAGAUGCGGUUUGACUGCUGAGGUCUCGCCCCUCCUCCGGUCAGUCACAUUCCCCGCCCCGCCAGCUGGGCGUUAUCCAUCUGGGCGUUAUCCAUCUGGGCGUGCCAGGGACCUGCAGUGGCGGAGCCAGAACAAGGCAGCUACAGUGACAGGCGAUAGUGAGGGUCACCAGCUGAAGCUGAGGAGUCACCCUCUACCCAUCGCCCGAAACUGCACCAUGCUUGUGGUCUUGCAUACAGAUACAGUGUGAAGAAGAAAGAGGAGAUGUAGCGUUACUGUAUGUUCAGAGAUUUCCUUUCAGUGCGGAUAGUUUUUGUUUUCUUCUCUACUAUGGGUAAUGUGUAGAGCAUGUUGUGUAGCUAAGUUGGGAGUGUUGACCACGGUCGCACGCCGUUUUGUGUGUGUGUGUGUGUGUGUGUGUGUGUGUGUGUGUGUGUGUGUGUGUGUGCGUGUGCGUGUGCACAUGUGCGGGCGUGCAUGUGAGUGUGUAUGUAUGAGGGGAAGGGUUUGGCUUAGAGAUGAACUGUAUUAGCAGGAACAGAGACAUCAUCAUCAUCAUCAUCAGAGACUGGUGUAAUUUAUAUAAAAGAAAACUUUUUGUACAUGGACGUUUCAGUUUCCAUUUAAGAAGACGUUUUAUGAUAUAUUUUAUAAGUUACAUUAAAAACCAAUGGAAGAUGGUGCAGGGGCAGAGCUGCAUUCAACCAGAAUAUUUUCACACAGGUAGAUUGUAUUUUGUCAAUUCUGCUCCACCACUAGAAAUUACAGAAAAAGACUCUUGAAGAACACAACCUCAACAUAAUGCUAAAACAUAAACAUUUACAAUAACAUUUUUGAUAACUUUCACUGCAAGAAGCAGGACAUGAAUUUAACACCACCAGCCAAAUGUAAGUUUCAGUUUUGUCUGUUGAAUGUUUAUACUCUGUGAGCCACUGUCAGACACCCACACAUUAUUCUAAGAUGUUAUUGUAUACUAAAAACGUAUAUAAAACUGAUAGGAUGGUGAAUUUAGAGGUCAACCAACCAUUGUGGCUGGUGGAGGACAGAACUUCUGUCUCUGGUUUGCUGUUGGAUUAUCAAGGAUGUAAGUUAACCUGUUUAAUCAUUUGUGUGUUCUUGUAUUCAGCACUUUUCCCACUUUUUCCACACACAUCUUAAAACCACCACAUUUCUGAUCUGUCCUUGCUUGUGUUAAAGACUCUGGUUGAUUGCAGGCCCCGCACGUUGUUAUUCACAAGUUUUUGGUUUCUGGAAGCUACACACUUGCUGCUAAAUACCACAAAGGACUCUAGAAGGAGAGCACACCUGUUUUCCUCGUUUUUUGUUUUGUUUUGUUUUUUUAUUUUAAUAAGUUGCGUUAACAACAUUUGCAGUAUUUAUUGGACGUCUCCUAACAUAGGUUAAGUGUGGGGCGGCGGUUUCGCCCACUCUGCCUGUUGAGUCUGUCGAUCCGGUCGGGACUGUUCCUGUCUCAGUUAAGUUGCUGUCUCCUUCUUAGUGUUAGUCUCUAAAACAGUUUUUGUUCUCCCUCGGGGCAUUUAAAUACCUGUAAUAUAACUGUAACAUAUUUCCACAAAAAAGAAAGAAAAUCAAAAACUUA